AUGAUGUCGCACCAGCACCUCUGGCAACAGGAGCAUGACCACUCCAUUGAAAGCAUCAUGGACUCCUUCGCUCCUGAAGCCAGCUUCACCUUCGACGGCUCCGUCAGCUGCGGCACCACAACACCGAGCUUCUCGGCCGCCUCGUCCGUCUACGACCCCAACGGGCCCUUCACUCCUCGCUCCGGUCGUUCAACACCUCACGACCAUCACUCCGGCAUCGACUUCGACUCUUCCUUCUCUUCCCAGAGCUCCUUCUCCUUCGACCAUGGCCCUGCACAAGAGAACAAGGGCUACUUUCACAAGCCCGAAAAGGUCGAGAUCCAGAUGCCCAUGCAGUUCGCUCCGACUGUUCCCCUUACGCCGUCGAGGAGACAGAGCUCGGCCUACGCCAUGGAGAACCUCGACUACAACAUGAUGCUUCACGUCACCCUCAACUCCCAUUGCAUGCCCGCCAUGUCCUCGCCCCACCACCAACACCAGCAGCAAAACCAGCAGCACCACCAACCGCAACAACACCACCACCAGCAUCAUCACGCCGAGCAGUACUCCUUGCCGCAGGACCUCAGCUCGUCGCCGUUCGUGAUGCCUACACCACACCGCGGCCCCGCGAACUCCACCCCCAGCAACGCACACAUCUGGUCCUGCAGCAGCGAAAGUCCCAUCAUGAUGUUCGGGAACGAAUCCACACCCUCAACCUCCCCUCUCCACUCCAUGACCGGCGGCAACGUCAAGCGCGAGACCACCCACUCCCCCUCGCCCCUCCAGUCGCCCCCCUCGGCUGCCGCGUAUCGCCAGGACCCCAGACGCAAGCUCUUCGCCGAAGUCCAGCGCAAGACGCUCGCCCUCCAGAAGAACCAGAACGAUAUGGAGGCACUGAGACAGCUCAGGUCGAUCCAAGUCAACCAGGACGGCUCCGUCCUUGACUGCGGCUCCGUCAAGGUGCGCCACGUCGCGCCGAGGAGGGAGAAGUGCAAUUAUCCCGACUGCACCAAGACGUUCAAGAGAAAGGAGCACCUCAAGCGUCAUUUCAAAGCAACCCACGAGAAGGAGGUUGAGUUGUACACGUGCCCAGCCACGAACUGCAACCAUGUUUUCAAGGAGCGCCGCGACAACUUCGUCUCGCACCUGCUCCUCCACAAGCAGGGCAAGAGCAGCAGGACACCCUACAACGAGAGGGCGGCCAAGCUGUACGACGAGAUGUGCCUGCAGAGCAAGAGCCGCAAGCGCGUCAAGACGAGCACCAGCUCGAGCCCCAGCAGUACCUCCAGCAACAAGAACUGA